CGGGCCGCGCUGAGGCGGGCGGCGGGGAGCAGGGCGGCUCUCCCGUCGUGUGGUGGAACGCCGCAGGGAGGACCGCGGGGCAGGAGGAGGGUCGGUCGCUGCGCAGAGAGCUACGUCCCAAAAGCAGUCGCUGCCGUCAACAGCUACUUGCCAGCAGAGCGACUGAAGCCCGUGAAAAAACUCGUUUCCCUUCCUUGCCAGAGGCCAGGCACCCAAAUGGGGUCUCUGAACAAAAUGAAUUUCAUUACAAGGCUUUCUGCUUUAUGUCUGAGGAAAAGCAAGAUGCAUGAGAGGCACCAAAGUAGUAGACGACCAGCUGUUCCACUUGGAUCACGGAUUUUAACUGAUCCCUCUAAGGUUUUUGAACAUAACAUGUGGGACCACAUGCAGUGGUCACAGGAAGAAGAGGAGAAUGCCAAGGAAAGAGCAGCAGAGAACUCACGUGUGAAAGUCCAAAGGGAAGACCAAGAGAGAUACGAGAGAGAAGCCAGUAAAUAUUGGAAUGAAUUUUACAAGACUCAUAAAAAUAACUUUUUCAAGGAUCGCAAUUGGCUAUUCCUGGAAUUUCCAGAAAUUCUUCCAGAAAAAAGGAGAGAAGAGUUGAAAACAGAACAAAGAUCUUUGGAACACACAGAAAUAAAUACUACCAACAGUUUUUCACACAAAAAUGAAAUGUUUGAGGCAGGAGAAAAGUAUUGGAAGAAAAACUGUGGAGGUGGUUCCACUGCUGUACAAGGAUAUGAAUAUAAUAAAACCCAAGUGAAACCUCUCACUGACAAUGCUCGGGGUAAAAACUCUGGAGAAGAACUUGGCAAGCUAGAAUCCUUCCCUGGUAGUGAUGCCACUUACAGAAUAUUAGAGGUUGGUUGUGGUGCUGGAAACAGCGUCUUUCCUAUUUUGAAAGUUCUAUGCAAUACACCUGGAACCUUUCUAUACUGUUGUGAUUUUGCUUCAGGAGCAGUGGAGCUGGUAAAGUCACAUUCGUCCUACAAUUCAGCCUGGUGUUCUGCCUUUGUUCAUGAUGUGUGUGAUGAUGCUUUACCCUAUCCUUUUCCAGAUGAGAUCCUGGAUGUCAUUCUCCUUGUCUUUGUGCUCUCUACUAUUCAUCCUGACAGGAUGCAAGGGGUUGUAAAUAGGUUGGCUAAACUACUGAGACCUGGAGGAAUGUUGUUAUUUCGAGACUAUGGAAGAUAUGAUACAGCUCAGCUUCGUUUUAAAAAAGGUCAUUGCUUGUCCGAAAAUUUUUAUCUACGAGGAGAUGGAACCAGAGUAUAUUUCUUUACCAAAGAGGAGGUAUGGAACAUGUUCAACUUGGCUGGAUUAACUGAAGUACAAAAUUUAGUUGAUCGGCGAUUACAAGUAAACAGGAAGAAAAAAGUGAAAAUGCAGAGAGUUUGGAUACAAAGCAAGUUCCAAAAACCAUUGCUGCUAUCUCUGAACAAGCCUGAAGAAACGACCGAAAGGCACCCUUGUAGAUAAUUGUACCAUGAACUCCAGAAACUGAAGCAAAUUUGACGAAACCAAGGCCAGGUGCUUGUGCCAUAUCUACAAAUCCACUGAAUCUGAAGAGGACAACUGAAAUGCAGGGCAGAAGGGGAGACAGCAGGAACCCUAGUGAUACCAGGGAAAAGUUUCUUGUAUUGGAAUCUGCUGUUUCUAUCUUUUGCUUGCGACUCAGUUAAUCUGCAGAUUCUGCUGUUUAGUAAUGACUAAAAAUUUGUAACAAACCAUCCUGAAAUUUGUAUAAAAUACCAGCGGAAAUCACUUAACAUAAAUUUUUGCUACUUCAUUUUGA